AAUCAGCUAGAAGCAAAAUUCCUAAACUGAACAUUCAGCACCCAGGAGCUGGCGAAAAGUCAGCAAAACAGCAACAGGGGAGAUGAUGACUCCUGGGACUUCUAAUACGACCCUUUGCAAUUUCCCUCACAACGUCCAGCGUCCAGGGACAAGUUCCUUCCACUUGAUUGUCCUGAAGUGCACGAAGCGGAGGAGAACCGCCUCGAGGGUGAUGAUAGGCCCCAUUAUGAUGCAGAGAAUGUUGAGGUGUGUGGAGCCCAGGGCUCAGAGGAUUCUCCCCACAGCGAUGGUCCGCUGGAAAAGGCCAUUGUGGGCAAUAGACGUGAAGAAAUGUGAAGCCCCCGCGGGUUUUCUCGAUGUGAGAGGGUUCCUGAAUACCUGGCAGAAUCCAAGGACCCCUUUCGUUCUUUCUCCACAUUGCUUGAUGGGAGGCAUUAUGGCCCCCAAAGACAUAAUGACAAAUACUCAUGCUAAAUCCAUCCUCAAUUCAAUGAACUCCCUCCGGAAGAGCAAUACCCUCUGCGAUGUGACACUGAGAGUAGAGCAGAAAGACUUCCCUGCCCAUCGGAUUGUGUUGGCCGCCUGUAGCGAUUACUUCUGUGCCAUGUUCACUAGUGAGCUUUCAGAGAAGGGGAAACCUUAUGUUGAUAUUCAAGGCUUAACUGCUUCUACCAUGGAGAUUCUGUUGGACUUCGUGUACACUGAAACUGUACAUGUGACGGUGGAGAAUGUACAAGAACUGCUUCCUGCAGCCUGUCUGCUUCAGCUGAAAGGUGUGAAGCAAGCCUGCUGUGAGUUCUUAGAAAGUCAGUUGGACCCCUCUAAUUGCCUGGGUAUCAGGGAUUUUGCUGAAACUCACAAUUGUGUUGACCUGAUGCAAGCAGCUGAGGUUUUUAGUCAGAAGCAUUUUCCGGAAGUGGUACAGCAUGAAGAAUUCAUUCUUCUAAGUCAAGGAGAAGUGGAAAAGCUAAUCAAGUGCGAUGAAAUUCAGGUGGAUUCUGAGGAGCCAGUCUUUGAAGCUGUCAUCAACUGGGUGAAGCACGCCAAAAAGGAGCGAGAAGAAUCCUUACCUGACCUGCUGCAGUACGUCCGGAUGCCCCUGCUGACCCCCAGGUACAUCACAGACGUCAUAGAUGCUGAGCCUUUCAUCCGCUGUAGUUUACAGUGCAGGGAUCUAGUUGAUGAAGCAAAGAAGUUUCAUCUGAGACCUGAACUGCGAAGUCAGAUGCAGGGACCCAGGACGAGGGCUCGUCUAGGAGCCAAUGAAGUGCUUCUGGUGGUUGGGGGCUUCGGAAGCCAGCAGUCUCCCAUCGACGUGGUAGAGAAAUAUGACCCCAAGACUCAGGAGUGGAGCUUUUUGCCAAGCAUCACUCGUAAGAGACGUUACGUGGCCUCAGUGUCCCUACAUGACCGGAUCUAUGUAAUUGGUGGCUAUGAUGGCCGUUCCCGCCUUAGUUCGGUGGAAUGUCUAGACUACACAGCAGAUGAGGAUGGGGUCUGGUAUUCUGUAGCCCCUAUGAAUGUCCGACGAGGCCUUGCUGGAGCCACCACCCUAGGAGAUAUGAUCUACGUGUCUGGAGGCUUUGAUGGAAGUAGGCGUCAUACCAGUAUGGAGCGGUAUGACCCAAACAUUGACCAGUGGAGCAUGCUGGGAGAUAUGCAAACCGCCCGGGAGGGUGCUGGACUAGUUGUGGCCAGUGGAGUGAUCUACUGCCUAGGAGGAUAUGAUGGCUUGAAUAUUUUAAAUUCAGUUGAGAAAUAUGAUCCCCACACAGGACAUUGGACUAAUGUUACACCAAUGGCCACUAAGCGCUCUGGUGCAGGAGUAGCCCUGCUGAAUGACCAUAUUUAUGUGGUGGGGGGAUUUGAUGGUACAGCCCACCUUUCUUCUGUUGAAGCAUACAACAUUCGCACCGAUUCCUGGACAACUGUCACUAGUAUGACCACUCCACGAUGCUAUGUAGGGGCCACAGUGCUUCGCGGGAGACUUUAUGCUAUUGCGGGAUACGAUGGGAAUUCCCUGCUGAGUAGCAUCGAGUGCUAUGACCCUAUCAUCGACAGUUGGGAAGUAGUGACAUCCAUGGGAACCCAGCGCUGUGAUGCUGGCGUGUGUGUUCUUCGAGAGAAGUGACCGUUGUUGGAGCACCAUCCAGAGCUAGUGACCAGUCCAAGGGACAGUUUACAGGAGCGUCAAGGAUCCUUUCCAGAAUAUCUAUUUCUCACCGUGUGCACAGGGUGAUUACAAGCACCAGUGUGGUGAUGAUUGUACUUAUUUGACACACACUCCACUUUGUGCUGGUAGUUCUCUCUGAGGAGGGUGGGUAACAGACACUCAAGGGAAGACAAUGCACACUGAAUGGAUCUGAGAGGCCAGACCAUCUCUCCUUGGCCAGAGAGCACUGUCAUGUGCUUGGGAGAAUCCAUAUAUAUGUUGUGCCUCGCGUAUUGCAGAGAAUUAAGGUGAGUAUGACCUACUAGAUGUGGACAGUAUCCAGCGUAUGAUUGGAAGGAUACCAACUUGAGUAAGCUGGGUAAAAUCCAAAUCUUGUUUUCCAGGAAUAAAUGUCUUUCCUAGUCUGCAGGUAACUAGGGGCGACACAGUUCCAUUCUGGAGGAUAAUAGAGGGGAAAGCCCCCUAUCAAAACUUGGGGGGCUUGGGGAGAGACCUGGCAUUGCCUUAAGGGACAAGGUUGGUGUAUCAGAACUGGGUUUAGAAUAAGGGAAGUAAACAGAAUUUGAUGGAACGUGAGUAAACCUAGAACACCGCUGAGGUAUAACCUGGAAGACUUAAAAGGGUGUGUCUUUGGAAGGAUCUUUUAAUUUCCCCAUGAUCUUUCUGGGUGCGCAUCUUGGCAUUGACAGAGUAAGAAUGAACAAAUGUUGGGAGAAGCAGAGAUGGAAUAAAGGUGGGAGUUUGGUAUGCCUGGGAACAAACUAGAAGUACCUGUGAUUUUACAGUCGUCUUAUUUCCCGCCAGGGCUCAUCUCUCCGUGGCAAGGUUUGCCUUGAGUCGGUGAGACACUGUCUGUCUGUGUUGAAUCAAAUACUACUACACUAUUAUACUUCAUUACUAUUUAUUUGGGGGUGGGGUGGGGGUGGCAGCAGCGUAGAAAUUCAGCUACCUGAUUACUGCCCUGUUCUUCUAAGGGCACACUUCUGCUAAGGAGUGGUUUUUACUGCUGUGUUUGGUACAAUUAGUCCUUUUCCUACUAUGAGGUUCCCUGACCUGUCCUUAGAGUGGAUUUUAUUCUUCCUGGGACAGAAUAAUCAAGGCAACCAAAACUCUUUUGUUAGUUCCAGUACUUGCUACCACCAUUUCUGAAUUUCUGAGCUACUAUUCAAGGCUCCCCUGUGUUACGGAAUGAAAUUCUUGGCUUUGUGGGUAUUGGGAGUGUGGGGAUGUGGUAACCUAAACAAGGAUGCACUUUCCCUUUAUUCUAAAAUUCCAUUUUUUUCCUCUUUCCCCGAGUUGUAUUGGUGUAAAGAGUUCAUUUCCUUUGUAUUUUUUUAAGAAAAUAUUAAAAAUCAGUGGUCUCAAGUGCCUAUAA